UUCAGGUUGGAAAUGAGGAGACAUUUCUUCUCAGAAAGAGCAGUCAGGCAUCGGGAUGGGUUGCCCAGGGAGGUGGUGGAGUCACCGUCCCUGGGGGUGUUCAAGGAAAGGUUGGACGGGGUGCUGAGGGACAUGGUCUAGCAGGCGACAUUGGUGGUAGGGGGAUGGUUGGACCAGGUGAUCUUGGAGGGCUUUUCCAGUCUUAACAGUUCCCUGACUCUGUGAUUUCAGGGAUGGCGUGAAUACAGCUGGAGGCAGAUGUGACAGGGUGAACAGAGGUUUAGGGGUGAGAGAAUGGGAGAUGGACAUGACAGGAGACCAAGGAGGUGACACAGUGGAAGCAGGAGAGAAGAGUUUAAAUUUAGGGGAAGAUGAGGCAAGGAAGGGAACUGAGAUUUGAAAAUCCUAAAUUCUCUCAGCAAAAACAGUCUGGACAGGAUCCUCACUCCUGUAUCCCCAUGUAUCCGAUGCCUCAGAGCACUGGCCGUGCUGCAGUUGGUGAGUGAGGGCACUGAGCAGAGGUGCAGCCUUCUCAAGUCAGUUCCUCAUAUGUAGGCGUUAUAGUGCCUGGCAGCCUUUCUGCAGGAUGCAUGGCAAAGGACAGGACUAAGGAGGAGUUUGAAGGUAGCUGGUAAAGACAUCGCAGAGUGCAGGGCACUGGAGGAUGGAGAACAGAAGCACUCGUGUUAAAGUCUUGCAAAUGGAUGGUGGAGGUUGGCCUUGCGGGAGGCUGAUGGUAGCGGGAGCUGAACUCUCCAUGGUAAAGGAAGGUAGGUGAAGGUAGUCCCUGAGGUCUUGGGAAAUGAAGACGAGCAGCUUGAGUCUGCUGUGGUGAGAGGAGCUGGCAGAUGGGAGCACCGUGGGUGUCAUGUCAGUGUAAUGAGCUGGAAAAAUGCAAUUUGCGGUAGUGUUCUAGUGGAUGCUAGCAGGGCAAGACUGCUCCUGGAGGACAGAGGAAAGCACGCUGCAGCAAUCACAGUGCAAGGUGACUGGGGCAUGGGUGAGAUCUGCGCCUGUUUUCAAAGCUUGAAAAGCCAUAUGGAGCCAUUAAAGCCUAACCACGUGAUUAAUACCUGUGAUCAGAAUCUGAACCGAUGCUGUGAAAUAAUAGAAAUGAACUCUGUGAUUCAAGGGCAGCUCUUCACAAUCCUCAAUGAAACGUCUCAAGAAGGUGGGCAUUAUGCAGGUGUAGAAACAAUAAAAACUCGUCUUCUGCCAUGGCUAGGAACUUGUUUUUCCUGUGCUGCUUCAGGAGGGCUCUUUGAAAGUGGCCUCUCUUUCAUUCAGGAUUCAGUUGAGAAAGAGAGGCAGCUGAGGCAACUGGCCACCAGUCAGACUUUUCAGCUGCAAGAGCUUCAGGAAGAACUCACUUCAACACGUCUAGAGCUCAACCAUGUGCAACAAGAUCUGAAGGAUUCCCGUGCCCGAGAGGAGGACUCUCUGAGGAAGUUAGAUCGUUGGAAUGAUUAUGAGCAGCAGAUUCAAAUGCUGCGGGAUGAGAUUUCUAUCCUGGAUGCCCAAAAGUCUGUUCUCCAGAGCAGACUUGCGCGGAGCCGCUCUCCUUCCCCGAGACGCAGCAGGUCGCCCAGUCCGCUUCCCCUGAGGAGCUGCUCACCUGGCCGAGCCAGGCGGACCAACGCUUCCCGUCACGCCUGCCUUGUAGCUCGCUUCGGUGACAUCUAUGCUCACGAACGCUUGGAUGCAGAGACCCUUCUGAGGACAUACAUCGCUGACAAAGAGAUGGUGCAGAGGAUAAUAUACACUGCAGCUGUGGAGUCUUUCCAAGCAGCAAAGAUGGCCUACAGGCAAUUCAAAAUGCGUGUAAGAAAGACUCUGUCUUUAGGUCACACAGGGCUUGAGUCACUUGAAGACACUGUCCUGGAUUAUAUAGUUCGCCAUGAGGAUCUAUACGAUGUUCAAGCCAGUGUCAAUGAAGUAAUUCGCUCCAUGAACACGAACCCAAAGAUUUCAUUCCCACCAGAAGUCGAUUUCAUUGUGAUCAGCAGUUUGAUUCGAGAGCUCUGCCGUGUGGCUUUUUCAAUGCAGACCCUCAUCCCUCCUCUUGAUAUUGCCUUUGGUUUGGAUGGCGAGCUCUUCAGUGAGACUAAGUACCAUCGUAGUUUUGACUCUGAUUUCACAGCUGCUUUGGUGUCCUAUCAUGUAUGGCCUGCUCUGAUGGAAAAUGAUGUUGUAAUUGUGAAGGGAGAGGCAGUCACCAAAAGAGGAGCUCUGUGGUCUCGCAGGAGCAGAAGUAGAAGCAGAAGCCGGAGCCGUAGCGUGAGUCCUCUUCUAUCUCAUCUAUCUCGAAGCCGCAGUCCUUCACCACUGAGGAGCGGAAGCACAAGACAUUAGGAUAACUGGAUAAGUUUCUGUGAUUCUGUACAUCUGGAUCCAUCAACUUUGCCGGUGCCUUCUCCUCUUCAAGGAAUACCUCAAAUGUAACAAUGUGAAUGGCAAUUGUCCCUCCAAAAGGAGCGUUAUAUGUUGUGUGUUUUUUGUGUGUUUUUGUUAUUAUAGAAGGCUUACUUAGGACUUUAGAAAUUAAUUCAGCCCUUCUGAUUUGAACAAAACAACAACAAAAAAGUGCAUGCAAUACAGGGUUGUACUAAUUAUCAAAGUUUACAGAGCACUGAGGUACCCAUGCUGUAAUCUUAUGGAUGGAGAUAGAUUUAUUGCAUCUAGAAUGGCUUCCCUAGAUACCAAAUGAUACAGUUUGACAGGAUGUUUAAUGUAACCUAAAUGGUGAAUGUUACAGAAUGUUGAGGUUAGCUGUUAACUUGAAAACAAUUUAAUUAUCUGGUGCUUAUUUACAGUUUUAGAAAGCAGCAACAAUCUUGCGAUGUGCAAGUCUCAGCAUCCUUUGAAGUAUCUCUAAGUAAUCUUCAGUAAUCUGAAUUUUCUAGCUACAAUGCAAAACUCACACAGAAUAGUGAUAAACUACCAAUACUCCAUCAGUCCCCAGGACUUUAUUGACUUUUACUUUAGAAAGCAUGGAUAUGUGGUUGUAGCAAAGCAGUAAUAGUCCUUGUUAAAUUCACUGCUACUUACAUUUUUAUAUUCAUUUCUAAUUUGGACCUUAAAGUAUUCUAAAAAUGUGCCAAUGACUACAUGUAGGACUGAAAUAUUUUCUUGAGGUAGUCUAUUCAGUAUUGCUUUUGGUGGACUUCAUACCAGCCUGAUAAAUUAGUAGUUCCUAUAAACACAGUCAAAAAACUUGUCCAGUUGUCACUUACUGUGGGCAUUUAUCACAUCUUAAAUGUAAAAAUUGAAGACCUGAAAAGGUCUUUAAUUCUUCCAUUUUAAAACUGGUUGUUCCACUUGUAAAAGUUGAUUUUAAGACCAGCAUGUUUGUUUUCCGGAGAACUGAUAGUCUUUCUCU